AUGGGAUCCUCGACAGCUAUGCGCAAUGCUGCAUCACCCACAAUGCCGUGUACACCCAAGGAGAAAAAGGAAUUUGACAUAUAUGAUGUUCAGCUGUCCGACGAGGACCGUCAAAGCCGCUCUCAGCCAUGGCUUAAACGAAGGAAACUGAACACGCCCAAGGCUGUCUGGCGGUCAGAGGAACUCGAUCAGGCUGCACCAAAGAACACCCCGCCCAGGAAAGCGAUCACCUAUGGCACUGCCAGUACCCGUGGAAGCAAAGAUGCGGCGUCUCAUCCUAUAAAAGAGAAGAAACUUCCUGAGGUGGAAGUAGUCAUCCGCUCCCCGGCCAAGCCUAGACAGGAUGUUAAGACACGUACCUCGAAACAGAAACUGGAGCGACCUCCCUCUAGAUCGGCAAUGCAAGGUGGUGCUAGCAGUACCUCAACGAAUGCGCAGUUUGUAGCUGCAAGUUCGCGAGAUCUUCCAGUACGGGAACGACGACUAACCACGCCACCGAAAAAGGUGCCGCGAUUGACAAAGUCUUUCUCUACGGGUACCGACCGACUGAGGAAUACCUAUGGCCGUUUUGGUAUUGGAGUUGGCGGGGGGCGUGAUAGCCCUGCAAAGACGAUCACACCUACUGCGGAACGAAAACGGAUAGUUGAUGCAUUAGGCGGUAGACAGACGGCAGAUUCUUCGAGUGAUUUGUCGGGUGACGAGGGAUCUGUUAGGGACCAGAUGUCUCGGGCGAAUUCUCAUAGCCCAGUACGGUCCGCUGACCAGCGAUUUACAGUUGAUACCGUGCCAUCAGACGAUACAGGAGCUACCCGUUCUAAAGGUCAAAAACAGAACAGCAUCCAUCAAGCAGUCGCAAGCGGGCUAAAGGCGACCUAUUCUCGACAACGAUCUUUUCUGAACGAAAUGGACACCAUAGAGGAAAUAGGUGGUAACCUGUUUGAUUCCGGGUUUCCUCCGCCCGAUUCGAUGGCAAGCAAAAUAAGUGGCUCUUCAAGCCAGCCACCAUUGGGCCUGGCGCGCCAAACAUCCGCACUUUCGGCCUGCUUGGAAGAAGAAAGUAUAAGCGGCCCUAGUACUAUACGGAGUAUUCAUGAACUCCGUCGUUCCGGAGAUAAUGCAAGAUAUCAUGCCAUGAUCGACACCAUAUUCGAAGAUAUUGAAGACAAAACAGCUUCUAUAUCCAGACAGCGUAGCGGUAUGGUUCAGUUAUGCACGAAGCUCUUUGACGCUCAGUUUUCGCAACGCUUCCUAAGCAAUGCCUUAGAGAAGCGAUUUGCUAAGAUAAAGCGCAGAGAAUUUGAUCUCGUUUGCGGUUAUCUUACUACUUGCGUCUAUGCUUUAUUGUUAAGCUCUGGCUCGAUAUCACCGAUGACGUUACAAGAUUGUUGGGCACAGAUCCUUGCAGUGGCUCCAUCCUUACUCAAAGAUAAAAGCAUGAUUGAACUCGCCAAGCGGAAGGACUUGAAGAUGACGAAGGCUGGCAAGGCGGAUAUCCAGGAUAUUUGCGGCAAGUUAGCAUCAAGCAAGAUCUGGAGUAGCCAAACGCCCUCUGUUAUAACACCCCAAAUACUGACGCUUCGUUGUCUCGAAUUAUCUGUCCGCAAACUCCGCGAGACGGGUAACUCUAUGGAAACCAUGCCUGUUUCGAUUUUGCGCCAAGUUAUCCAUAUUCUGAUACAGCAUGCGUUGAUAGAAGAUAUCCAGGGAGCAGGCCCAGAUGAACUUCUUAUUCUUGAACUUACACUUUCAAUCUUAGAGUCAUAUACCAUACACACCAUAUCCUUAAACGAGGAACAACAAGAGGCACUAAAACCCCUUUCAAAAUUGGGUCACUUGUUAUCGAUUUUAGGGCAUCAGCAAGACGUUCGAUGCAGGCAGAUACAAAUUCUUGAAAUCCGACUAAUCCUCAACGUUACCAACAACAAUCCCACCCUCUGUGAGGAAUUUUCUACCCCCAAGUUCAUCGAAGCGCUCGCUCACAUUGUCAUUUCCAAUUUUCAAUCCGUUGGAGACGAAACCACGGGGCCUCACAAAGAAUCAUUGCUGGAUACAGUGAUAUUGGCACUUGGGGCCCUGAUAAACCUUACUGAAUGGAGCAGCGCAGCUCGACAUGUUUUGUUUGAAUCACGUGUAGAUAAUACUACGUUGAUUGACAGACUUAUUCCACUAUUUACCAAUGGUUUAGAAGCCAUAGCAGAGGCUGAUUCUGUGGUCCAAACGCACUCCAACGUUGCAUUUGGUUAUUUAUCCGUCCUACUUUGUACUGCUUCUCUUGAUGACGAGGCACGUUCUUAUCUACGCUCGACCAUACAGUCCCGUACUUUUGAGCGUCUUCUAGGCACAGUGGAGGAAUUCCUUCAUUAUCACCGGAAAGUGGAGGACGAGCUUCAUGACGCUAGAGGGGAUGCGGAAGAUGCAAUGACAGGAUUCACCUCUAGACUUCAAGGGAUCGUUGAUCGCAUACGGAAUGCCGACAGAGCUUGA